GAGGAACGGGCUGCCAUGGAUGCUGUUUGUGCUAAGGUAGAAGCAGCCAAUAAACUUGGAGACCCCUUAGAAGCCUUCCCAGUGUUCAAGAAAUACGACAGGAAUGGUUUAAACGUCUCCAUCGAGUGUAAGCGGGUGUCGGGCAUGAACCAGGCUACAGUCGACUGGGCUUUCGAACUAACCAAAACAAAUAUGCAAACUCUGUAUGAGCAGAGCGAGUGGGGCUGGAAAGACCGGGAGAAGCGGGAGGAGAUGACAGAUGACAGAGCUUGGUACCUGAUCGCUUGGGAAGAUAGCUCUGUCCCUGUGGCGUUCUCGCACUUCCGGUUUGACGUGGAGUGCGGGGACGAAGUCCUGUACUGCUAUGAAGUGCAGUUGGAAAGCAAAGUCAGAAGGAAAGGUCUUGGCAAGUUCCUCAUACAGAUUCUGCAGCUCAUGGCAAACAGCACACAGAUGAAGAAAGUCAUGCUAACAGUAUUUAAACACAAUCAUGGGGCCUAUCAAUUCUUCAGAGAAGCGUUACAGUUUGAAAUUGAUGACACCUCGCCCAGCAUGUCUGGCUGCUGCGGGGAUGACUGCUCCUAUGAGAUCCUCAGCCGAAGAACUAAAUUUGGUGAGAGCCAGCACUCUCACUCGGGCAGCCACUGCGGAGGCUGCUGCCACUGA